CCAUACUCACUCACCCUCCAACAAAAAAUAUAGAACCACCUUUUCUUAGACAAGAAGCCAUGACCAUGGCCACCUCUGGUGAAGUGAAGAUAAUUGGCUUAUGGGCAAGUUCCUAUUGUGUGAGAAUUGAGGUGGCUCUCAAGCUCAAAGGCAUAAGCUAUGAAUACAUAGACGAAGACUUGAGCAACAAGAGCCCUCUCCUCUUACAACUCAACCCAAUUCACAAGAAGGUGCCUGUGCUUUUGCAUAAUGGAAAGACAAUUGCUGAAUCUCUCAUUAUUCUUGAAUACAUUGAUGAAACAUGGCCAGAUUUGCCAGCUCUGUUGCCCAAGGAUCCUUAUGAGAGAGCUCUACUUCGAUUUUGGGCCAAUUUCUUCGAUAGCAAGCUAUCAGGCAGCGGCAGAACGAUUUUCAUUACCGAAGGUGAAGAGCAAGAGAAGGAAGUUGCAGUGUUAAAAGAGAACCUCAACGUUCUAGAAAAUGGCCUUAAGAAGGACUUUGGCGACAAGAAAUCCUUCUGUAACGGCGAAACCCCGGGUUACCUCGAAGUGGUCAUGGGUCCGAGCUUUUUCUGGCUCAAAAUUCUCGAAGACGUAUCCAGAGCAAAGCUGAUAGACCACAAAAACACCCCAUUUUUGUUUUCAUGGCUCACUGAGUUUUGUGAAUUUGGGGUGGCAAAAGACGCUCUUCCUGAUCAAGCUAAGCUCGUGGCCUUUGCCAAGAAGAGGAGAGAGAUGUUAAUGGAGUCCUCUAAACAUCAUUCUUAUUGUGUGAGAGUUGAGGUGGCUCUCAAGCUCAAAGGCAUAAGCUAUGAAUACUUAGAAGAAGACUUGAUCACCAAGAGUCCAGUCCUCUUACAAUUCAACCCAAUUCACAGGAAGAUACCAGUGCUUUUGCAUAAGGGAAAGUCUCUAGCUGAGUCCCUCAUCAUUCUAGAAUACAUUGAUGAAACAUGGCCGGAUUCGCCACUGAUGCCAACAGACCCUCAUGAGAGAGCUCGGCUUCGAUUUUGGGCCAGUUUCUUCGAUACUAAGAUGUCAGGCAGCGGCAAGACCAUCUUCUUCGUCGAAGGUGAAGAACAAGAGAAGGAAGUUGCAGCGCUCAAGGAGUUCCUCAAUAUACUAGAAAAUGGCCUUAAAAAGGAUUUUGGAAGCAAGAAACCCUUCUUUAAUGGUGAAAGCCCCGGUUAUCUCGAAGUGGUCAUCGGUUCGACCAUCGGAUGGUUCAAAUUACUCGAAGACAAAACAGGAGCAAAGCUGAUAGACCAAGAGACCACCCCAUUUUUGUUCUCAUGGAUAACUGAUUUUUCUGAAUUUGGGGUGGUUAAAGAAGCACUGCCUGAUCAAGCGAAGCUACUGGACUUUGCUAAGAAAAGGAGAGAGAUGCUACUUGAAUCCUCUAAACAUCAGUAGAGACAAUAAGAAAGAAUAUAGAAAAUGAUGAUGAUCUGAAGGUCUCUCUUGUUGUAUGCACACUAUUACCCUAAAUAAACCCUUAGUUUUAGCUGCUUAAGCAAUCGGACACUCAAUUAAAACAGAGUUAGAGACAAAUCCUGUAUUGUCUUGUGAUACUUUGGUUAACUUGGAUGUCUAUUUAUUGUUGUUAAAUAAACGGGUGUGUUUUGUAUUAGGUGUCAACCUUGAACCAUCAAACUAAGGUGCACAUUGAAAAUAUUGCUAAAAUAUGCAGUUUCGAUGGAAACCCUUAAGGUGGUCUAAAAAUCCAUUUCCACAUCUAAUUAUGAAGUUUAAAGCUCCAUAAAAA